UUCCUCUUCCGUGACCUAGCCUUUGAUUCCGCCAUGCCUGUUUCCAUGUGUCUCCUAACAAGUUUAUUGUGUUACUUGACCUUAGAGUAAAUAUUAGAUCUUUAUGCGAAAGAUUGGUUCUUUUGUGCAUUUUAACAUUUUUUGGGCACCUGGGUUUGAUUGGUCAUGUUAUUGAAUCUUCAAAUUGGUAUAAUUUCUCUUCUGUUUCUUUGAUCUAUGGACCCACCUUUAUAUCUAACUCUAUAAAUCCAAUAUUGGGUUUUAUCAAUUACUUCCUCGUAAUGCAGGGUUUAGAUCAAUUUUUGAUUUUUUUCUUGUAAGAAUUUUGUGGGUAUUAGACAAUUGUCCAUCCCCAAUCAGGAGUUACUUCCUAAGAUCUUAUCUUCUAGCUGAAUAGUAGAUUAACCAUUUUUCCAUUCGGAAGAAUCAAUGUUUAUGUAAUAAUUGCUUUCGUAGGUCUGAAAACAAAAAUAUUACCUUCUAAGAAAUAUCUAAUGGUUAAUGUCGAUAUUUUGAUUCAUAUUUGUUUAGGAACAACAAUUUUUGAUAUGGGUUCUUUGUUGUUUACAUUGAUUUGAUUCAUAUUACAUUGAUUUUUGCGUUUUUCCCUCAGAAUGUGUGAUUUUUUCCAAAUCUUAGAUAUAUUUGUAUUCACUUCCAUUCUGAAGAAUCAAUGUUUAUGUAAGAAUUGCUUUUGUAGGUUUGAAAUUUUUUUACCUUGUACGAAAUUUCUAAUGGUUAAUGUUGAAUUUUCGAUUCAUAUCGAUUAGAAAAGCAAUUGAUAUGUGUUCUUGUUGGUUAUUUUCUUACAUUGAUUUUUGUUUUUUUUUAUUCCUCUUCUUAUGCAGAAUGUGUGAUUUUAUCAAAUCCUGGGUUAAAAGAAGUGAAUCAUCUUAAGUGUUAGUUAUGGAAGUUAUAUCUUGUUCAAGUUCACAACGCGUUGAACAAGUCGAAACUCCUGGUGGUAUUGCAAUGGAUGAGUUGCUACUCGACGUGGACGUUGAGGAAUCAACAGGUAGUGAGCUGUUGUUGAAGCCUGAGCCAGAUGAUUCAAACGCAGAGAAGCAUCGUACCGAUUUAGUUAUGGAUAUGGAAGAAACAGAACCUCUUGGUAACAAUGGUGAAGGAGAGUCAUCUCCUUCUGAGCCUAAAUGGCUGCAACAAGAUGAACCUAUAGCCUUGUGGGUGAAGUGGAGAGGGAAAUGGCAGGCUGGAAUCAGAUGCGCAAGAGCGGACUGGCCAUUAACAACUUUGAGAGGGAAACCAACUCAUGAUAGGAAAAAGUAUUUUGUGAUAUUUUUUCCGCAUACAAAGAACUACUCGUGGGCGGAUAUGCAGCUCGUUAGAUCCAUCAAUGAGUUCCCUGAUCCUAUUGCAUAUAAGUCACACAAGAUUGGACUCAAAAUGGUUAAAGAUUUAACCGUUGCUCGACGCAACAUUAUGCGGAAGCUUACAGUUAAGAUGUUCAAUAUAAUUGACCAGUUUCACUCUGAGGUUGUAGUUGAAACAGCUAAGGAUAUAAUAAUGUGGAAAGAGUUUGCAAUGGAGGCUUCUCGAAGCACAAGUUAUCAAGAUCUUGGAAGAAUGCUUGUGAAGCUUCAGAGUAUGAUUUUGCAACGAUACAUGGAUCCAAACUGGCUCGAAAACUCAUUUCCUUCAUGGGUACAGAAGUGUAAUGAUGCAGUGAAUGCUGAGAGUAUUGAAACGCUGAAUGAGGAGUUUGAUAAUUGCAUCCAAUGGAACGAAGUGAAAUCAGUUUCUGAUCCUCAGAUGCAACUAAUGGUGUUGUCAGAAUGGAAAACGUGGAAGCAUGACAUCACAAAAUGGUUCUCGAUAUCUCGGCGUAGUGUCGGAGAAGUAGCACAGGAGAGUAGUAAAAGCGUCUUUAACUCAGAUGUGCAGACGAGCCGUAAAAGACCAAAGCUUGAGAUUCGACGUGCAGAGACAACAAAUGCAUCGCAGAUGGAAACUGAUGUUUCGCCACACGGAUUGACUGCUAUUGACUCGGAGUUUUUUAGUAGCCGAGACAACACAAAUACUCCUGUGGUGAUGAAAAACGAGAAUGCGAUGAUGAAUACACCAGAGAAUGGUUUGGACCUAUGGGACGGCAUUGUUGUUGAAGCGGGCGGUUCACAGCUCGUGAAAACAAAAGAGGCGAGUGAACUGUCUCACCCACAAGUUCCAAACAUAAACGAAUCAGCUGUGAAGAAACCGUUUGGUUUGGGAAAUAAGAGUCAGCAAUGCAUAGCUUUCAUCGAAUCGAAAGGAAGACAAUGUGUGAGGUGGGCAAAUGAAGGUGAUAUCUAUUGUUGUGUGCAUUUAGCUUCUCGUUUCACCACCAAAUCUGCAAAGAAGGAGGCAUCUCCCGCUGCUGAAACACCAAUGUGCGGAGGAGUUACUGUUCUUGGUACCAAAUGCAAGCAUAGAUCUCUACCUGGAUUGUUGUAUUGCAAGAAACACCGUCCUCACACUGGGAUGGAGAAAGCUGUUGAUUCCUCAUCUCAUCUGGUUAAAAGAAAGGUAGCAGAAAUUAUGUCAACCUUAGAAACAACUCAAUGUCAAGAUUUAGUUCCUCUUGGAGAAACAGAGGGAAGUGUGCCCAAUGGAACCACGAGCUUCACUGAGAUGCUUGAACAUUGUAGCAAUGAGGAUAACUUGUGUGUUGGUUCUUGCUCAGAAAACAUCUAUGUUCCUUGCAAUGAGUUCUCGACAAAGCACACGUUAUACUGCGAACAGCACCUUCCUAACUGGCUCAAGCGUGCGAGGAACGGAAAGAGUCGGAUAAUAUCCAAAGAAGUGUUUGUAGAUCUUCUGAGGGGUUGUUCAUCGCGUGAGGAAAAAUUGGCUCUGCAUCAAGCCUGUGAUAUUUUCUACAAGCUUUUCAAAAGUCUCUUAUCUUUAAGAAACUCGGUCCCAAUGGACCAACAGCUUGAGUGGGCGAUAUCAGAAGCUUCAAGAGAAGCUGACGCUGGAGUUGGGGGUUUCUUGAUGAAGUUAGUUUCCCAUGAAAAGGAGAGAUUAGCUAGGAUAUGGGGUUUCAGUGCUGGUGCUUAUGAAGAAGAUGCAUCAAUGUCAGAAUCUCCUAAUCGACUGCUUGCCUUCACCAAUGCUUGUGAUGAUAAAGGAGAAGACGAAGAGAAAUGGUCGUUUGGUGGAUUUGCUUGUGCUAUUUGUUUAGAUUCUUUUGUGAAGAGAAAGCUUUUGGAAACUCAUGUGGAGGAGAGACACCAUGUGCAGUUUGCGGAAAAGUGCAUGCUUCUUCAGUGUAUUCCUUGUGGCAGCCAUUUUGGAGAUAAAGAACAGUUGCUGGUACAUGUUCAAGCUGUGCAUCCUUUGGAGUGCAAGACGUUAACAGUUGCUCCUGAGUGCAAAUUGACUAAUAAUGAGUCUUCUCAAAAUCCUGAAGCAGGCAAUUCACAAAUUGUUGUGAGCCAAAACAAAGAGAGUAUAAGCGGCGUACAUAAAUAUGUUUGCAAGUUCUGUGGGCUGAAAUUCAAUCUAUUACCUGACCUUGGCCGUCACCAUCAGGCAGAACACAUGGGACCGAAUCUUGUUGGCUCUCGAGGUCCUAAAAAAGGGUUAAGGUUUAAUACCUACAGGAUGAAGUCUGGUAGGCUAAGCCGUCCAAAUAAGUUCAAGAAAACUCUUGGAGCAGUCUCGUAUAGGAUUAGAAACAGGGCUAGUGUAAAUAUGAAGAGAAGGAUGCAAGGUUCCAAAUCACUCGGCACGGAAGAAAAAACUGGAUUAUCGCCGCCUCCGAGUGAUAGCUUUGAUAGAUCAGCAGAUGCUCAUUGCUCUGUAGUUUCGAAAAUAUUGUUCUCGAAGAUUCAGAAAGUGAAACAUCGUCCUAACAACCAAGAUAUCCUGUCUGCUGCUCGUUUAGCUUGCUGUAGGCUGAGCCUUGAGACCUCGUUGGAGGCUAAAUUCGGGGUUUUGCCUGAGAGGAUAUAUCUCAAGGCAGCAAAACUCUGUGGUGAGCAGGGUGUGCAAGUGCUAUGGCAUCAGGAAGGAUACAUAUGCUCUAACGGAUGUAAGCCUUUUAAAGACCCAAAUCUUCUAAGUCCCUUGAUCCCUCGACAAGAAAAUGAUCGAUUUCGGAUAUCUAUGGACGUCGGAGAACCUUCUAAUGCCGCUCUGGAAGUGGAUGAGUGUCAUUGUAUCAUGGAGGCUCAUCAUUUCAGUAAGAGACCGUUUGGAAAGACCGCUGUUUUGUGCAAAGACAUAAGCUUUGGUAAGGAACCAGUUCCAAUAUGUUGUGUCGUGGAUGGUGAUCAUUUGGAUUCCGCUGAGAGGCCAUGGGAAAGUUUUACUUAUGUUACAAAAUCAAUUCAUAACCCGUCAAUGGAUCUUGCAAAGGAGGACCUGCAACUCAGGUGUGGCUGUCGUGGCUCAGUAUGCUCGCCUGUAGCUUGUGAUCACGUGUACCUUUUCAGUAACGAUUUUGAGGAAGCUAGAGACAUAUACGGGAAAUCCAUGAGGUGUAGAUUCCCAUAUGAUGACAAAGAACGGAUCAUCUUGGAGGAGGGUUAUCCUGUUUAUGAAUGCAAUGGACUCUGCGGAUGCUCUAGAACAUGUCAGAAUCGGGUUUUGCAGAAUGGAAUUCGCACGAAACUUGAAGUGUUUAGAACAGAGAGCAAGGGAUGGGGAUUACGAGCUUGUGAGCAUAUACUACGCGGCACAUUUGUCUGUGAAUACAUUGGAGAGGUUCUUGAUCAGCAAGAAGCAAACAAGAGACGAAACCAGUAUGGAAAAGAAGGGUGCAGCUACAUACAUGACAUUGAUGCUAAUAUCAAUGACAUUGGUAGAUUAAUCGAAGAAGAGCCCGAUUAUGUUAUUGAUGCUACUAAUCAUGGGAAUGUCUCUCGGUUCAUCAAUCACAGCUGCUCGGCGAAUCUUGUUACUCACCAAGUUAUUGUGGAAAGCAUGGAGUCUCCUCUUGCUCAUAUCGGUUUUUACGCUAGUAAAGAUAUAGCUGCAGGAGAGGAGAUCACGAGAGACUAUGGACGCAGACAGGUAACAUCUGGACAAGAAAAUGAGCAUCCAUGCCAUUGUGGAGCUACAAAUUGCAGAGGUAGCUUGUGUUAGAAUUUGGUUCUAGGUACAUUCUUUGCACAUUUGUUUCAAUAAUUUGCUUCAAGCUUUUUCACUUUCUUGUUUUCCAUUGAAUCUUAGACAGCUUUGAACAAUUUGGUUCUGCAGUUUUUUUUUUAGCAGUAUUCAUAAUCAUUGAUUGUAUUAUAAUGUAACAAGAGCGCAUAAAAAAGAUAUCAAAUCUUUA